AUGUCUCCCGCGGCUACCGGCAACGCUCUUACCCUAUGGCGGGCGUUUUGUGGGCUGUGUAUCUUGGCUUCCCUGACACUCCUGUCGCUCAGUGGGGCCAACAGCGCAGAGCCGUUCCCCCACUAUCAGAAUCCCCGGAACCUGAUCGCACGAAGAUGCCGGAUGCCCGGAGUCGCGGCAUUGACGUUCGACGACUUCCCCAACGAGAGGAUUGACGAGCUGCUCGAGCUCCUGGCCGCGUGGAACGCCACGGCGACGUUUUUCGUAAACGGGCCAUACGACGCAAGAGCGCCGAUGCUGCAGGACGCCACCUUGGCGCCUCGGGUCAAGAAGAUGCACAGCGCCGGGCACCAGAUAGCGUCGCAUACUCGCGGCGCCCAGACCCGGCUGGACCGGUGGCUCGCAUCGCACCUCGGCAUCUCCGCGCCGCGAUUCAUGCGGGCGCCGUACGGGGAGUGCAACGCCACGUGCGCCCUGACACUGACCCUUGCGGGGUACAAGGUGGUCGGGUGGGGGAUGGACACGGAAGACUGGAAGCACAACACUCCCGAGACAGUGCACCGCAGCGUCUUCAGGGUGCAUGAGUAUCUCGACGAUUUCAAAGCACGCGAGCUCAGCGACGCGUCAGCCGACAUUGUGCUCAUGCACGCCUUUCCCAACACGACCGUCACAACCGUGGCGCCGGCUGUGCUGGAGGCCUUUGGCCGCGAGGGCUUCCGCUUCGUGUCCGUCGCCGAGUUCGAGCCCGGAUAA